UUCCCUUUCUUCGCUAUAAAUUGGGUGGAGAUAGAAAAUUAGGGUUUGGUCGUCGUCGUUAGGGCUUACUCCUCCAAGCCACCUUCCUCUGAGCGAAGAUGCCGUCCCACAAGACUUUCAGGAUCAAGAAGAAGCUCGCGAAGAAGAUGAGGCAGAACAGGCCCAUUCCUCACUGGAUCCGCUUAAGGACCGACAACACUAUCAGGUACAACGCUAAACGCAGACACUGGCGUCGCACCAAGCUCGGGUUUUAAGGUGGAUGGACGUUUGCAUUUAACUUUUUGUAUUAGCGUUUUUAGUUCUUUUGAAAAACAUGACUUGGAAAUGUUUAUUUAAGAAAGAUUUUGGCGAGGUUGAUGUUUAGUUUACCGUUUAUUAGGUAUUUCAAGUAAUGGGAUGAUCUCUUUUUGAUUUAAUGUUAAUUUUAUUAUUUAGUUGCA